CGAAAUCGGCCCGCCGCCAUUUUUUUUACGUAUACUACGCCAAUACAUAACGUAGAGACCGGCCAAGGGAUCCAUUUGACAAACUCUCCACAGCCUGUCUUAUUUUGCCUCUCAGAUUCGCCGUCUGAAAUGGAAGCUGCACGCACAGAAACAUACCUCAUAACAGGAGGGUGUGGGUAUUUCGGUUUUCGCCUUGCAACCCGCCUGCACAAAACAGGAGCCCAAGUCAUCCUGUUCGACGUCACCCCUCCCAGGCAAGAGGUCCCGGAAGGAAUGGUGUUCCUGGAAGGGGAUAUACGGAGCUACGCGCAGGUCGGACGCGCCGUCGCCGGUGUGGACUGCGUGUUCCACAUCGCCUCCUACGGCAUGUCCGGCAGAGAGCAGCUGAACCGAGACCUGAUCGAGGCUGUGAACGUCGGCGGCACCCAGAACGUCAUCAAGGCCUGUUUGGAGCGUGGCGUACCCAGACUGGUGUACACCAGCACCUUCAACGUGGUCUUCGGGGGUCAGGAGAUACAGAACGGGGACGAGGGCCUCCCUUAUCUGCCGCUCCAUCUCCACCCGGACCACUAUUCCCGAACCAAGGCCCUCGCCGAGAUGGCCGUGAUGGAAUCGAACGGGGUCUCGCUGAAGGACGGCUCCGGGGUGCUGAGGACGUGCGCCCUACGCCCGGCGGGAAUCUACGGCCCCGGAGAGCAGAGACAUCUCCCCAGGGUUGUAAGCUACAUCGAGAAAGGCGUGUUUAGGUUUGUUUACGGCAGCCCGAGCAGCCUGGUGGAGUUUGUGCACGUGGACAACCUGGUGUCGGCGCACGUGUUGGCCGCGGACGCCUUGACCGCCGCCAGGCAGCAUCGCUCGGCGGGCCAGGCCUACUUCAUCUCAGACGGCCAGCCCGUCAACAACUUUGAGUUCUUCAGGCCUCUGGUGGAAGGCCUGGGCUACCCGUUCCCCACCCUGCGCCUUCCCGUGGGACUCGUUUACUUCUUCGCCUUCCUCACCGAGAUGAUCCACCACCUGGUGGGACCGUGGUACGACUUCCAGCCGCUGCUGACGCGCACUGAGGUGUACAAAACGGGCGUGACCCACUACUUCAGCAUGGCCAAAGCCAAGGCGCAGCUGGGUUACCGUCCCGAGGAGCAAACCCUGGAUGAGGUGGUCGAGUGGUUCCGGAGCAGAGGCCACGGGAGAAAACGCCAUGGCUUCGCUUUCAGUCGACUCGUGGUUAACUUUCUGUUGGCCGCUGCCUUUACGGCUGCACUGCUCUCUUUUCUACCAGUUGUUGGUAGCUGAUAUCAUCAUGCUAAUAACAAUACUGUAUGUAGGGAUGGGCAAUAUGGCCAUCAGUGUGUGAAUGUGUAAUGUAAAUGUAAAUGUGGAAGUAGUGUCAAAGCGCUUUGAGUACCUUGAAGGUAGAAAAGCGCUAUACAAGUACAACCCAUUUACCAUUUAUUUAUUUAAAAUCUAUAACGCAGCCUUCUGGGAUAAUUAUAUAUAUAUAUAUACAAACCCCAAAACAAGUGAAGUUGGCACAAUGUGUAAAUUGUGCAUAAUAACAGAAUGCAAUGAUUUGCAAAUACUUUUCAACUUAGACUGCAAAGACAAGAUAUUUAAUGUUCCAACUGAGGGACUUAAUUUUUUUUGCAAAUAAUCAUUAACUUAGAAUUUAAUGGCAGCAACACAUUGCAAAAAAUUGGCACAUGGGCAUUUUUACCACUGUGUUACAUGGCCUUUCCUUUUAACAACACUCAGUAAACAUUUGGGAACUGAGGAAACCAAUUUUUGAAGCUUUUCAGGUGGAAUUCUCUCCCAUUCUUGCUUGAUGUACAGCUUAAGUUGUUCAACAGUCCGGGGUCUCCGUUGUGGUAUUUUAGGCUUCAUAUUGCGCCACACAUUUUCAAUGGGAGACAAGUCUGGACUACAGGCAGGCCAGUCUACUAUCCGCAUACUUUUACUAUGAAGCCACGCUGUUGUAACAUAUGGCUUGGCAUUGUCUUGCUGAAAUAAGCAGGGGCGUCCAUGAUAACGUUGCUUGGAUGGCAACAUAUGUUCCUCCAAAACCUGUAUGUAACUUUCAGCAUUAAUGGUGCCUUCACAGAUGUGUAAGGUACCCAUGCAUUGGGCACUAAUACACCCCCAUUCCAUCACAGAUGCUGGCUUUUGGACAUUGCGCUGGUUCUUUUCGUCUUUGUUACAGAAGACACAACGUCCACAGCUUCCAAAAACAAUUUGAAAUGUGGACUCUUCGGACCACAGAACACUUUUCCACUUUGCAUCAGUCCAUUUUAAAUUAGCUUGGACCCAGUGAAGCAAGCGGCGUUUCUGGGUGUUGUUGAUAAACGGGUUUCGCUUUGCAUAGUAGAGUUUUAACUUGCACUUACACAUCUAGUGAAUAACUGUAAUUACUCACAGUGGUUUUCCGGAGUGUUCCCGAGCCCAUGUGAUGAUAUUCUUUACACACUGAUAUUGUUUUUUGAUGCAGUAUCGCCUGAGGGAUCGAAGGUCACGGGCAUUCAAUGUUACAUGCAGUGAUAUCUCCAGUUUCUCUGAACCUUUAGAUUAUAUAACGCACCGUAGAUGGUGAAAUCGCUAAAUUCCUUGCAAUAGCUCGUUGAGAAAUGUUGUUCUUAAACUGUUCGACAACUUGCCCAUGCAUUUGUUCACAAAGUGGUGACCCUCGCCCCAUCCUUGUUUGUGAAUGACUGAGCAUUUCAUGGAAGCUGCUUUUAUACCCAAUCAUGGCACCCACCUGUUCCCAAUUAGCCUGUUAACCUGUGAGAUGUUCCAAAUAAGUGUUUGAUGAGCAUUCCUCAACUUUUUCAGACUUUUUUGACAGCUUUUUUGAAACAUGUUUCAAGAAUCAAGUUCCAAAUGAGCUAAUAUUUGCAAAAAAUAACAAAGUUUUCCAGCUCCAACAUUAAAUAUCUUGUCUUUGCAGUCUACUCAGUUGAAUAUGGGUUGAAAAGGAUUUGCAAAUCCCACUUGUUUCGGGGUUUGUAUAUUGAUUGUCUCUUGUUUCGGGGUUUGUAUAAUGAUUUUCUCUAUACACAGUGUGGAGACGCUCCUCUCAGCUAAUAAUCAUCACCUCCAUUAUGGCAAAUACACUGCAUUUCUUAAUGAAGUAGCAUUAUCACUGGAGGACAAGGUUAAACAUGUUACUCACCAAGAGCGAGUAAGGAACAGGUAUGCUAAUAGAUAAGCUAACCACAAAGCUAGCUUUAAACAACACAAAGAAAUAAGCGCUAAGUCAAGUUGAAGAAGUGUAGAUGAACAGCAUUACAACAUAAAGUAAGCAUAUAAUAAUAUUUGCUUACUUUAUGUUUUAAUAUAUAUUGAUUAUUAUUAUACAUACUGUUAGUAUUGUCACAGUACACGACAUGUAAGAGGAGGGUAGAUUGAUCCAUAAAUUGGUAGUAUUGAUACCGAAGGUACUAUUAGUAUAUGAUCGAUACUGGACUGAUUGGGUUAAUAUUUACAUCAAGAAAAUAUUGUUUCUUUGUUUCUUUAUGAUAAUGUUUACAAACUCGCAAUAAUUCCCUCGACUUUGAGGGCAAAAACCAAAAUAGGGUUUAUCUAGUAUGGCUAUUGACUUUGUUUUGCUCAAAGAAUUAUAUGUAAUAAAAGAUCAUUAGAAACAAGCCUAAAUAUUGUUAAACUGUCAAUAGCAAAUACAUGUAGUCAAUAAUAAUUGAAUAUAUUUACAGUUAACACAUGUGAUUACUGUUGGUGUUGGUAUGCGCCAAUUUUACUUUGGAAUCGACUGCAUAAAACCCCGAUUGGAACCUCGCUGCAAAUGACUGUAUCAAAAGCUUAAAAAGAUCGUAUUCUGAGAAGAAUUACUGUACAUGCCCGAUUGGAUAUCUGGAAUUAUCAACGGUGCAUUUUUCAAAUGGGGAAAAUCUUUGUGCAUAUUUUUUUUUGCAACGGUUUACAACUCACCUUCAUUGGCAUUUACAACUUCGUUGGCAUUCCAAAAAAUGUCUUAUUUUAUACUAAUGUAUAUUUUUCUAUCUUAAAGAAACAUUUUUCUGUAUUCAGUAGUCUGUAUACUCCCUCAAUCAUCAGGAGAUGAUUGAGGGAACCCCUCAUGAAACAGUUCUGUAGAGAUGAAGUAGUCUUGUGAUUUUU